GGUCCCCCAUUGAAAAUCCGCCGUCCAACACGGAAGCGCGCCAUUUUGUAUGGAGAACCUUGGAGAGAUGGAGAGUUCUUAAAGCCCCUGUCUGUGAAUACCCAGCCCUUUCAACGCAUGCUCCCUCCCAUGGCAUCAAAGUCUCAACGCCGUCUGUGGCGCUAUGUAGAAUCUGGCCACCACCACAAGCUGCGCAGGCUCCUGAAGCGUCACAGGGAAACCCUGAACCUGGCUGAGACCUCGGGCCGCAAGAACCGAACUCCGCUGCACAGAUCCUGCGCCCGAAAGGAUCUCAAAUCUGCUAUCCUUUUGCUGAAGUAUGGAGCAGACCCCAACCUUCUGGACCAAAAUGGAGAUACAGCUCUACAUGUGGCGGCCCGGCGGGUUGCACACAAGGGAGGCACUGUGUAUGAAGACCUGUUUGUACCCUUGCGAAAAUGUUGUCCUUCUGCCAUGUGCGUCCGGAACAGAGAUGGAAAGACUCCAGGAGACCUCUUGGGACAAACAAAAGAGAAAUGGUGUCCCCCAGAGGCCUUUGGAGAAGAAGCAGCAGAAUGCAGUGCAGAGAGGGAAUGGCAACGCAAACUUCUUGGUGAAUGGGAAGAUGAAUAUCAAGAGACCUUUUGGCAGUAUGAAGAUGAUUCCUACACUGCUGAUCCAGACCCAGAAACCUUUGAAGAUUGGGCUGAUCGCAUAUUUCAGGAAUACAGGAAAAAACGCAGGAAAGAAGAGGAACAACAUCACCAAAGGCCCAAAAUGGAACCUUCAAAGCCUUCCCUGCAGUCACAACGCCUUCUGGAGGAGGAGCAUCGGCUGUACGAAAAGCGUGCCCGAGCCAAAGAGGAGGAGCUGAAGGAGGCCAAGAGGCGACGCUACGAGGAAGGCUGCAGCCGGGUCUUCUCCAGUCACAGUUCUCAGUCUUUGCAUUAUGCGGACAUUCCCUGGCCGUGCCCAUCUGGGACACCUGAGGAGAUGGCUGCUGUGGUGCUCCACAGAGUAGACUCUGCUGACAGAGCAGCUUACCGGCGUUUCCUUCGGCGCCAGCAGGCUCUCUGGCAUCCAGACAAGUUUCUCCAACGCUGCGGCACCCGCUUAGCCGAAAAGGAUCGGCGUCGAAUCUUGAACACUGUUACGGCAUUGUCUCAAGCAUUCAACCAGCUUGCAGAAGCAGCCAAAUAGCUGCAUCAAAUGUUGUUGUUCAAGAGUAUGGAGCUCUGUUUUAAAGUCCUCAAAUAACAUUCAGGGUUUUGACUUUUACAAAAAAAUUGAAAGAAAAAGAUUUCCUUAUUAUUUAUUAUAAUAUUUAUUAAUUGCUUGUUUGACUACUGGAGCACAAAAGUGAUACUGAAGUAAAAUCUAUCCACCUUUA